AUGAAGCUACUUUCACAAUGGAGAGUCAGCGUCGCUGUAUCUUUAAUUAUCUCUCUCUGUCUGUACGCUCCCGUCGCGCGUUCAGACCCGAACCCUCCGCCAUUUACAGAUUGGGGCUCCGUCAGAUGCCCGCCUGAGGGUUCAUCAACAACACUUCCGACUCCUACCUACGGGUCUGGACAGGGGCUCUUUGUCGUCUGCACUGAGGACGUCAUCAAUGUGCCGGCCCAAGAAGUCUACAAGGCUCUCCUCGAUUUCCGGCGCUAUCCCACGUUCAGCAGCUUCGUCAUCGACAUUGACUUUCCCGAUGACUUCGUCGGCGAGACGCCCGACGACGUCUACAUAGGUCUGCUCAUGACCUUUCAUUCGACUGGUGUUUUCCCUCUCGUCAACAAGACGAGCCCUGAGAUGGUUACGGUCAUGAAGGAUUCGCCUGACAAGGGUUAUCUCAUGGUGAGCUGGAAGUACGAUGAUGGCCUCGAAGGUGCAUUUCUGAGUACGGAGCAUCCCACGAUCCUGAUUGAUCAAGGUGAUGGAACAACACUUUGCAUAUCGUACGAGACCUACUUCUCGGGUCCGGGGGCUUUGGUGCUGCUUCCUUUCAAGGACAAUCUACAAGCGCAGUUUGCUCAACACGCCGCCGAUCUGAAAGCAUAUCUGGAGAGUUGA